AUGAGCAUCUCUUCCCAGCCUGGCAUUACAUUGGCAUCUGUAGAGGCUUCACCUUCAUCCUGCUGCAGUUGGUGCUUUUUACAGCCUUUGCCCGUUCCUGGAACAAGAACUGAGCAGCUCCACUCUGGCCUUCUACAAGCUGUCAACAGCUGCUAUAUCAUGUACCUGACAUUCUCUGCGCUAUCCAGCCGUCCUCCAGAGAGCGUAAUCCUUCAAGGACAGAAUCAUCUGUGCCUGCCUGGCCUGAGUAAAAUGGAACCCCAAACACCAGAUACUUCUCUGGCAGUGUUGAAUGCUGGCAUCAUGUAUGCUUGUGUGCUUUUUGCUUGCAAUGAGGCUUCCUACCUUGCUGAGGUAUUUGGGCCCUUGUGGACUGUCAAGGUUUACAGCUGUGAGGUCCAGAAGCCCUUACUCUGUUUCUGCUGCCCUGAAACAGUGCAGCCAGAGGAAGGGCAAACAGGUGGGGCUGCCAGGCCAGCUAACGAGACCGCUCCAGCUCCUCCAUUGCAAGCCCAGCAGCUUUCCUAUAGCUAUUCUGCCUUCCACUUCGUCGUCUUCCUUGCAUCACUCUAUGUCAUGGUUACCCUCACCAACUGGUUCAGCUAUGAGGGAGCAGAACUGGAAAAGACUUUCACCACAGGUAGCUGGACUACCUUCUGGGUCAAGGCUGCCUCAUGCUAGGCCUGUGUACUCCUCUAUCUGGGGCUGCUACUGGCACCAUUCUGUUGGUCCCCAACCCAGGACCCCCAGCCUCCUCUUAUCUUCAGGUGACACUGUCAUGGCGUCGUAUUGCCAGAUAACAAAUAUCCAGUCUAG